AUGAUGCAUCCCAGUUCAGCGACCUCGACGCCUUUUUCUGUCAAGGAUAUUUUGAAGCUGGAGCACCACCAUGACUUUGAAAAUGAUUUCUUGAUAACUCGCCAUGUUGUUCCUAUGGAUCAUCAGCACGUGCACGCUGCGUCCCAGAGCAGGGAUUUGAAUGAUUCCCAACCAGAACCAUGUGUCUCUGGGACGCAGGAGAAGCUUAAGAACCACAACUCAGCACCAGAGGAGAUAAAUGAGCAGGAAAUCAGCGGUCUCCACAGUUCACCUGAUUACGACCAAAGCGCAAAAGGCAGAGCCAGGCAGCGCAGGAAGCCCCGGGUCCUCUUCUCCCAGUCUCAGGUGUCCGAGCUGGAGAGACACUUCAGGCAGCAGCGUUACCUGUCCGCCCCGGAGAGAGAACACCUGGCCCACAUCCUCAAACUCACCUCCACCCAGGUCAAAAUCUGGUUUCAGAACCGGAGGUACAAAUGUAAGCGUCAAAGGCAGGACAAGUCUCUGGAGCUGGCGGGUUAUUCACCUGCACCGAGGAGGGUGGCGGUGCCGGUGCUGGUGCGGGACGGGAAGCUGUGCAGCGCUGGUUCCCAUUCAAUGCCCUAUAAUGUAACAUUUGGACAUUAUAAUCCUGUGUUUGGAUACGGAAACAGCAGUGUGUAUGGCUGCGGUUAUCACAGUGUGUCAUCUUCCGGCAGCAUGACUGCAGCACAGAUGUCCUAUAACCAGCUGCUUGAUUUAACAGGUAGCGAGGGGCCCUUCAACCACGGACACUUUGAGGCGUCAUUACAAGGUGGAAGAGACUGGUGA